AUGGAGAAGGAUUCCCCAUCAACUGCUGUCAACACCCAGGAAUCAUGCCCUCUCUUGGAUGGGCCAUCUCCUCUACAGACUCCUCCGUCACACAUCUCCAAUAACCACUCUGCUCCUCCCCCUCAGCCUACUAAAUCGCCAUCCUCUGCAGAAAAAACCAAAGAAGACAGAUCAUAUUCCUCCCUACCAUCCACUCACACCAUGUCUAAAUCAAUGGAUUCCCCUCCUUCUGUAGACAGCGCAGAACCUUUAUCUCUCGCUGUGUCCUCUAAACCCACAUCCACAGAUAUUUCCUCUAAUCCUCCAUCUCCUGCUGCACACAAAACACUACUUAUUACUCCUCAAGUAUCUAAGCUCACUUCUGCAGCCAGCAUAGGAUGUAGCAUUCCCACAGACUCCCCUCCAGCUUCCCCCACCACUGCUUCCACUACAUCUCCCUCCGCCUCUUCCACCAUCCCCAUGAAACGCACCUUUGCGUCCAUGGCCAAGCGGGUAAUAGUACAAGAAAGACUUAGAAAAGCAGAGGAGGAGGAUGCCAAUGAUGAAGAGGAUGAUGAUGAACCAGAGGAAGAUUUAUCCUUCGAACAGAUGGAGGAGAAAGCAAAAGCUGGUGAUGCCAGAGCUCAAACCCGUCUGGGUCAGCACUACUUGAUUCUUGCUAAAGAGAAGGACACAGAGGAAAAUAAUUGUCUUGCUGUGACUUGGUUUAUUCAAGCAGCGAAACAGGGAAGAAAAGGAGCAGCAAGAGCACUACAGCGUUGUUGGAUCCAGAAUAAAGGAAUCACUCCAGAGAAUGAGGCAGAUGUGCGGAAGUUGUCAACAGAGAGUAAGUUUGAGCAGGCGGUGCGUAAAGCUGCCAUGAUGAUGUACUGGAAGCUCAAUCCAGAGAGGAAGAAGAAGGUGGCGGUGGCUGAGAUGCUAGGAAAUGUCAGCCAGGUCCAUGCAGUGCAGACAGGUGGCACUGCAAACAGGCUUCCAAGCCCAACCACAGACCAGACGCAGAAAGUGCUAGAGAACAUGGUCAGCAAAGAGUCCAGACAGUUGGUGGACCUGGAUGACUUUGUUGAGAUGACUAAGAACUAUGCACAGGGUAUUGUCCCCUCUGCACCUCAAAGUGGUAGCAAAGUCACAGCCACGAAUGAAAGCCCUACAAUUGCUUAUGACAGCAGUGAAGAGAUGCUGCAGUACCCGCUGCGUGCCUUUAUUGAGAUGAAGGAGCACCUGGUCGACUGGGCAUCACGAGCCGGCGUCCAGUGGCUGAGCACAGUCAUCCCUACACAUCACGUUAAUGCACUCAUCUUCUUCUUCAUUAUCAGCAACCUGACAGUUGAUUUAUUUGCCUGUGUCAUCCCUCUGCUUGUCUUCUACCUCUCCUUCAUCUCCAUGAUUAUUUGCACUCUGCGUGUUUUCCAGAGCAGCAAGUCUUGGGAGAACUUUAGAGCUCUGACAUCUCUGCUGACACGUUUUGAACCUGGCCUAGAUGUGGAACAAGCAGAGACCAACUUUGGCUGGAAUAACCUCGAGCCGUACCUCUAUUUUAUCCUCUCUGUCUUCUUCGUCAUUUUCUCGUUCCCUGUAGCUGACAAGGGCUGGAUCCCCUGUUCUGAGCUCUCUACAGUGGCCAUCCUCUUUACUGCUAUCAGCUACUUGAGCCUCAGCCCCAGUGCUGUGAUGUAUGCACGCAAAGCUAUGGUCAUAGAGGUAGCAUCAUCUCUGUGUAGCCUGACUCAGUUACUGCCGGGGAAGAUUACAUGGAUUUGUUUCCUUGGACGCACCUUCACCACACUGCCACUAGGGGAGUCAGUGGAGCUGAAGCUCAGUCUCCCAUGCCUGCUGUACAUCUACCUGUUCUAUCUGUUCUUCAGCAUGGCCAGAAGGCGUGGCUUCCGGGGGACUUACUGCUUCCUGGUGCCAUACCUUGUGUGCUUCAUGUGGUGUGAGUUCUCAGUGGUGCUCCUUCAGAAUUCCUCUGCUGUGGGUCUGAUCCGCACCUGUGUGGCCUACUUCCUUUUCCUGUUCGCUCUGCCUGUCUUGGCAUUGGGCCUUGCUGCCAUGCUCUUCAUCCAGGUCUUCAAGUGGUUUCUCGAACUGGAGCUGACCAAAGUCAUUGUAACCCUGGUUGUGUGUGCAAUCCCAGUCACCCUGCGGCUCUGGACACGGUUUAGCAUGUCUAUUUUGGAUGUCUUCCACUCACUAACGCGUCAUGGCCCAGUCAAGCUUAUCUUACUCUGUAUCUCCAUGGUGAUCCUAUUCUUCUCUAUUUAUGUGUAUCAUUCAGAAGGACAGAAGGUGUACAACUCUACCCUGUCUUGGAACCGCUACAGCCAGGUGUGUGGGCCUCCUGCCUGGAAAACUAAAGGCAUGACCCAGACUCAGAUCUUCUGCAGCCACCUGCAGGGACACAGAGUCACCUGGGUUGGUCGCUUCAAGCAUGCCGGUGUGGCUGAGACAGAGAAUGGGGCGCAGUCAGUCAUCAACAUGCUGCCAGUGUUUAUGGGAGACUGGCUGCGCUGCCUGUAUGGAGAGGUGUAUCCUAAAUGUGAGCCAAAGAAUGCUACAGCUGCAAACCUAACAGCUGCCAGUUUGGCCAGCUCUGCAUCGGCUACAGUCUCACUGCCCAUACUGCUGCAAAUGCAAGAAGAGGAAGAGUUGUGUCAGAUUAAAGCUCUUGCCACACACACCUGCCAUGUCAAGCGCUUCGACAGCUUCCGCUUCGCGGUGACAAUAGGGAUGGUGAAGGAUGGAAAUGUAGAGGCAGAGGACCCAGCCAGUGAUAUAGUCCUAAUGGCCAGUCAUGAGUUCCAGCAGGUCCUGCUUAACCUGAACCCUGGUAACUUGGUGGGCUUCAGCACUGAGCUGGAGGGCCAUCUAGGAGUUAGAGCUCCAGUCUUUGAGUUGAAGGCUAUCAACUGUUUGGAUUGUGUUGCUUCACCAUUUACUGGAGGCAGGCAGGUGAAGAUAGAGAGAGACUGGAGAUGUACUACAAUGAAAGCGUUAAAGUUUGCAUUUGAUUUUUUCUUUUCUCCCUUCCUGUCAGCAAAAAUCAUUGCCUGA